AGCCAGCUUCACUACCGGUCACUUCCCCAGCCGUUGCUUGUACGGGGGGUGGGACGCCGAUGAUGUCGAUCCCACCCGUUGUGCGGCUGUCACAAGCGCUCUACAAUGACGUACCUUCUCCCGCCCAAUCUCGAUCAGGAGGUCAACGAGCAUCGCCCGGGCGCACUGCGAGUUUGGCGGCUGCAGCUUCCAUUGGAGCAACCGAGACAAAUAGCCGACCUGCCGGUAUGGUGCGCUUGCUUCUCCCUAGGACGUUCGCGGUGGCCGACCAUUCUUAUCACGAAAGCUUGUUAACAGCCGGAGGUGGUGCGGUACGAGAGCGAGCAGCUGAGCACUUUGUCCGCGGUGAUGCGGUCGUAACGAAGGUUCAGCAAAACCUUGUCCGCAUCGAAACUACUGUCGGUCCUCAGGACGAGCGCGAUGGCAGCGGCGGCAACAGCUCCUGUGGCACGGCCUCGUCCCCUGUAACGAACAACGGCAUUUGUACCAGUUCACAGCAACCAGCAUGUUCUAUGCAGUCAUCGGCAACGGUAGCACCAGGUGGGGCGGCGCUUGUCGUAGUUGAGAGUGUUCUCGGAUUCUCGGCCGUGCAAUCCCUGCUCGAUCGGUCCUACGCGGAAAACAUGCGCCUGUCCGCGAAUCCAAGCACGGCAGGAAGCGCUAUCGAGCCUGAGCAGCCUCCAGGAGAUGAACCUCCCCGCGGCUGCGCCGGCACAACUGGACCUGCUGAUGUGUGCAGCCGUCGAGACGUUGAUGCCGACGGGAAUAAGUCGUUCGGGGUAACACGCUGUUCUACUAGCAAUAGCAGCAAUAGCAGCACGUGCGGCGUCUCCGCAGCCGUUGGGCGCUUGGUGGCGUGGCUCCGGAUUGCGGCGGCGAUUACCGGGCUACAAGAACGGGGGCGGCCAGGUGGUUUCAACAGCAGCGGUAGUGUGCUCGGUGGCAGCACCAGUGCUUGCGCCAGCAGCGUCGUAGAGACGGCAAUGAACGCGAGAAGAACGGACAGAACAGCGACGGGGUUCUCUAUGUGUGGUCUUGAUGUUGAAGAUGACUUGCUGCUCGCGGCGGCGGUCGCAACGGCGGGCGGGCGAGCUCAUGGUACGUGGUACAAGGUGACCGGGCGAUGCGACAGGGGCGAGCGGUGGAUAGCCUUCGACCUUGAGCCGACAGCGGGACCCCCAGGACAACUUGAACGGCGAACGCCGGAGGGUGGGGAUAGCGGGAACGGGGCGGCAGGGGAAGUACUACAAGUCAGGCUGAUUUGUCAUCCGCUGGUGACGAUGGUACCGGACAUAAGGUGGUGCCUCCAACUGAUCAGUCAAGCCAAGGCCAUCGCUACUCUCUUGAACGCCAACGCAAAGCUUAGCACCCUAGGGGGAGGCUACUUCCUCACCCGGCAGGUCGGACAGGCAAUACGUCUAGCCCUUGCCCAAUCAGAGGUAGCGGAAGCACUCGGGGAUUUGCGGCUCGCCGGGAAAUGCCGUGUCAAUGUGGCCUACAACUAUAUCUGGCUGGGACAGUACGAUGAGGCACAACGUAUCAUCAACGCGCAGGUGGCUGCGUCCCGCGCCAUCCAAGACGAGGAGCUCGAAAACAUGGCUUCCAUCGCCGGUCGCUUCUUGAAGAGGUCAAGGAGGGCCAACCACCGCUUGCUGCAAAGCCAGCUUGAUGCCCCCAGUGGAGGAGGCAGCAGUGGUGAUGAGGGUGCAAAGAACGGUGUUAGCCAGGGAUGGGUCCGGCAAAAAAUAGACGUAAGGACAGAUGAGUGGCACCGUGUGCGUGCCCUGCCAAUGUACUACAGUAGUGGUUGAGCCACCCACGUGGGUUUGGGAGGCGAGGCAAAUCGAGGUCAACGUCGUGUCGCCUUUGUAUGUCCAAAGUGAAAUUGCUUUACAUAGUACGUACAACCUUAGCUUCGAAUUUUCCUCCGCCGUGGUCGAAUUGCUCGAAUGUGUUGAUUUUUUUCGAUCUGAAAGUCUAAACGAGUUACACCUCGGACUUUAGUUGUCGACGUCAUCCAGCCACGGGAUCGAGUCUUGUCCCUGAAGUUCCGGAGAGGGAGAAGAGUACAAUGCCGGAAGGGCUGUUUUCGCCUCCUCGAGAGUUGCUCGGAGGGUCUUGCAGCGGCGGCACCGAGGUGGAAUAGUUUGACACUGCUGUGUGUGCCACUCUUUCGAUGCUCUUUAGCGGUGGCGGAGCCUUCAUAUUGCACUGGGGUGCUACGACGAGGCAGGGACGCUACGAACUGUGUGAAACGAUCGAACUUUCAGUCACGUAUGGGUAUGUUCGUUGAGCCUUUGAGGGGGUGCGUUUGGGUGCGGACCUGGUCAGAGGAUAGUCGAGGUGGAUACGCGAGAGAACUUGCUUGUGUACUCGGCAGGAUACG